AUGUCAGAUGAUAAAGUUGCUCGGUUAGCUUCUCUUUCAAAGGCCCUUGCGGCUGCUAGGUUGACACAUGAAGUCUCACAACUUGAAGACCGUGUCGCGAGUACGCGAAGCAAUAUCCAAGUCCCGCCCGUGCCGCGGUGCGAGGUCGUGGUUGAUGCUACCGCUAUGACGCUUGGUUUGGAUGUUGUGAAGCGAUGGGUUGGAGAAUGCGCUGUGGACGUGAUUCUUCCUCUUGCUGUACUUGACGACUUGGAUCGUCUAAAGAAGGGUGCGGAGACGGCUAAUAUCAAGGCGCGUGAGGCGAUUCGCUGGCUGGACAGGGCUCCGACGGGGAAGAAGACGGCUGCUGGAAAUGGCGGAACGAGUACGAAGGGGAGUUUCAGGUUUCAGGGGCAGGAGGAGAGGUGGGAAGGGGGUUGGGAGGCGUGCGAGAGGUUCUUCAUUCCGCCGGUUGAGCCGGAACUGGCCGACACCGACUCUACACAUACGCCUUCGGAGACUAAAGACGAUACGGAGCAUGCUGAAGACGCUGAAGAAGAGGAGGAGGAAGACCUCGGCCCUCAACACACCGACACCCCCCGCCACCUCCGCUCCCUCUUCCACUGCUACCUCUUCCUCCACGAGAAGAACCCAUCAAUUCCCUUCGUCACGGAUGAUCUCGAACUGGCGCAGUAUGCGAGUUGGUAUGGGAUUGUAUGCGUUAGUCUUGAGGAGAUAGAUAAGAGGGUUGUGAGGGGGGUUAAGGAAUGGAAGGCGAAGUAUGGCCAGAGCAGUGGUACAGGGCAUGGGAGGGAAGGGUCUGGAGGGAGGAGUGGAAGGAGUGGGAGCAGGCAGAAUGGAAGAGGUGGCGGUGGUUCGAGGCCCGGGAGUGCGAGGAGUGAGGGAAGAGGUGGUAGAGGGAGGCCAGGUGGUAGUCCUGGGACUGCGAGGGCUGAGCCAGCUGCCCCUGUGUUUAUCGUACCAUCACGUGGACGAGGAGGGCCGGUCCCUGUCAUCCUGGCGAGAGGAUCUCCCGCUCCGAGGGGCAGAGGGACGUUGUUCGAACCUUGA